AAGGGGCCGAGGUUUGCUCUGCUCUCCUGUUCCCCCACUGCGGGACCUUACGGCUCUCCAGCUCAGCGCUGGGUCCCUCCCAGGAUCUGCCCCAGUCGCCCAGGCCAGUUUGGGGAGCGCGGAUUACUCACCCUCCCUAAGGGGACGCGGGUCAGCUAUGUCAUCUGAACCUCCCCCGCCGCCGCCACAGCCCCCAACGCAUCAGUCUUCUGUCGGGCUAUUGGACACUCCUCGGGCCCGGGAUCGUUCUCCAUCCCCGCUGCGAGGCAACGUGGUCCCUAGCCCUCUGCCCACCCGCAGGACAAGGACCUUCUCAGCGACGGUGCGGGCUUCACAGGGCCCUGUCUACAAAGGAGUCUGUAAAUGCUUCUGCCGGUCCAAGGGCCACGGCUUCAUCACCCCGGCUGAUGGUGGCCCUGACAUCUUCCUGCACAUCUCUGAUGUGGAAGGGGAGUAUGUUCCAGUGGAAGGCGACGAGGUCACCUAUAAGAUGUGCUCUAUCCCGCCCAAGAAUGAGAAACUGCAGGCUGUAGAGGUGGUCAUCACUCACCUGGCACCAGGCACCAAGCAUGAGACCUGGUCCGGGCAUGUCAUCAGUUCCUAGGGACCUGCCAGAACCCCCCUUCUCCUGGGCUUGAGGGAGACUAUGGGGGAGGAGCAGGACACCCUCGAUAUAACAUUCUACCAUACAAGAUGGGGCCUCAAGGCGGGCAUGGCCCCUUUCAAGCAUUUCCUGGAAGGGAGUUGUGGGCAGGCAGGGGGGUGCUCUCAGCCACCAGCACAGCCUCUAGCCAUUGCAACAAGCUCUCACUGUCUGAAAACAUUAAAAGCAUUUGAAAAGGAGAGGGACCUGCGGUGGCUGAGUGGAGAGGGUACAGCCCUAGCCCAGGUGGGUGGGUAGGCGAAACGUGCUAUUUUCCCAAAUGCCCCGCCCGGUCAACCAAACCCAAAAGGACUCCUGGAACUAAAGACAACCUCCCCUCCCCAAUCUAUUUGGCACCCUGAGGGAUGUCACCAUGGGCCCUAUCACACUUUCUAUGACCCAAUGCCCCGCUUAACUUGGGACCAGGUCAGACCCAUCUUAUGCUUGUCAGCCUGGCUAGUUCUAGGGAAGCUGGCUUAUGUAUGUAGGGAGCCUUCCAGAGGACUUUGCCUCUUGGUGCCUUUGCAACAGGUAUGUCUCCAUCUUGUGGGAAAGACUGCAUCCCUUAGGAGCUCCCUCUCUAGCACAGUAGUUGGGGGCUCAGCACUGACCCCACCCCUGGGAAUGCUGGUCUUUUCUACAUCCAGGUAUAAGGUUCCCUCCCUGUGGCAUUAAGCCUAUCAUUAGGCCAAUGCCGAAGAGAGCUGUGGGGGUGAGGAAGAGGCUUCUGCAGGAAGAGCUACAGAGGGGAAAGUGGUGCUUUAUUUAAAGACAGAACCAGGCUGGUGGUGCAUGCCUUGUAAUCUCUGCACUUGGGUUGAACUAGAGUUCUAGGCCAGCCUAGGCUAUGAUCAUGUCUCAAAACAAAAAAACAAGGGCUGGAGAUGUAGCUCAGUGGUAGUGCACUUGCCCGGCAUGUGUAGGGCUCUGGGUUCCACUGCUAGCAUAAACCCCACAACUUUGACUCUGAUGGCCUUGUCAGGUUAGGAGUUGGAGAAAUAUACCUUUGAUGGGGAAGCAAGGCUUCUUUAAGACAGCUCUGACAAAUGCCUAAGCAUUUUUUCCCCCUUCCCCAGUGCUGGAGGGAGCCCAGGGCCUUGGAAAUGCUGGCAGGUACUGCACUGAAGCCUCUGCCUGUCACUUUUUUUUUUUUUUUUUUUUUUUUUUGAGACAGGAUCUUGCUUUAACUCUUAGCACCCUUCAUGCCUUGGCUUAGGGUCACAGGCGUGCCUUCAUACUUGGCUGAUUUUGUUUAUUAAAUAGCUCAAACUCUCCCUCACAGCCCUCUGUUUGCCUUGCCCACAGCACUGUAGAUUUGUAGGUGUUUCAAAUGAACUGCUCCUUAGACUUGUUUUUGGUGGUUGGCUUUGGCUUUAGUUGUGAUUUAAAAAUAGAAGUAGUUGGGUAAUGGGUUUUUGAAAUCAAGUUGAGAUUUCUUGUCAGAAUAGGGGUACCAAUACUGCAGGGGUGACUUAGGGCUCCAGUGAUCCAGACCAGAGGUUUCUUUUAUAUGGAGAACACUGUUGACCUCAGUGUGUCUUAAUUCUGGAUGGGUGUGUGUUCAUUCUAAGGGGACAAAGACUGGAGCUUUGACUGAUGAGGAACACAGUUCAGAGGGCAAAGUGUCUGGAGGAUUCCAGUUUAGUUCCCAGAAAAAGCCAGAUGUGGUGUGCAUACUUAGGUAGUCAAGAACUGGGGAGGCUAGGCCAGGCAGAUGCCUGGGGUUUGCAGGCUAGCCAGCCUAGCCUAUUUGGUGAGUUGGAGGUCAGUGAGAGACUCCAUUAUUUCUUUUGAAGAGGUGGCUAGCACCAAAGACUGAAAACAGGUUGUCCUCAUGCAUUUGCACAAACAGAAGCGGCUAAAUGUGUGAUGGUCUUGUGCAGCUGGCUCACCUCCACCACCCAGUUUGAUAAUUUUCUUUGUUAUUGGGCUACUAGCAGAUGGUUUUUUUCUACUAGGUCAAAGGUGGCUUUUACCCCUCCAGGCUUGGCUGACCGCCCAGAGCCUCUGCUGGCCAAGGAACAGACUUCCAAAGCCACUUUGCUAGGACCCAGGAAGGCUCCCUGAGAUUGACACCCUUCUCUGUCACCCCAUUGUCCCUAGCUAUCAGUACAGCUUUGUUUUCACUCUGGUGUGGUGAGGCUUUGGGUGACACAUGGUUGGCCUGCUAGUGGGCCCUGUCCGCCACUGAGCUGGCAGCCCAGUUCUGCUGGCAGGAUGGCCUCUGGAUUCUUUUGCCAUACAGAAUCCUUUGUAAAGGGCUUUUCCUGUAUGGCCACAUCACUUCAGCCUCUAGACUAUUCUGGAAUGCAGGUUAUUGGUGUUGGAAAAGACCCCCUCUCUUCAGAUUUGGAAUAUCAGGAGGGACCCAGUGCUAGUGACUGGGCAGGGAAGAACAGAUUCCCAAAUCUAGACGUUUGGCCCCAUCAGCCAACUCUUUCACAAUAAAGUUUGUUUUGUGCAACAAGA